GUGCCUCGUGCUCACGCCAAACAAUUCGUUUUUCUCGUGCUUGAUACACCGAAAGUCGGGAAAUAUGGUCAUCAAAGAAACUAACGGCGGUGAAACAAUGGCCAGCAGCAAAGGCACCUCCGGUAAGAUGAAGGGCGCGCCAGCGAGCCAAAAUAAAGCCGUUAUCGUGGGACAGGAGAUCAGGUUCGCCCGGGCCCUAGCCGGUAACGACCCGAAGCUGCGCAGCAAAGUGUUGAAAAAUCUUAAAACAUGGCUCACGACUCGCAGUCAGAGCACAUUCGCCUUCAGCGACGAGGACUUUAUGCGCCUUUGGAAGGGGCUCUUCUUUUGCAUGUGGAUGUCGGACAAACCUUUGGUGCAGGAAGAACUGGCGGAAUCGGUCGGAACGCUGAUCCGUUGCUUCGAUGAAAACGUCCCGGUUGCGUUGCAGUUCUACAAGGCCUUCAUGGCGACAAUGGGUCUUGAGUGGUUCGGCAUUGACCGAUGGCGGAUGGAUAAGUUCAUGAUGUUCAUACGUCGUGUUACGCGCCAGAUGCUCUUCGUAGUGCACGGGAGCGACUGGCAGAUGGAGCACGUGAAACUUCUGGCGGAUAUAAUCGAUACUACCAUUCUGAACCAGGAUAUGUGUCCUUACGGUUUGACGAAUCACUUUAACGAUUUAAUUUUGGAAGAGAUCGCGAAGGUUAGCGAUGGAACGGUCCCGAAGGAGGCGGUCACACAGAUUAUCGAACCGUACGUACGCUACAUGCUGAAGAACGAUGAUAGCACCCUCAUCGGUGGAAUCGUGAAAAACAUAUUCUACGCACUCAUGCAGCAGUCGGAUUUGGGUCAGAUGUACGAGGAAAAGUUCGAGCUUUGGAAGAAAACAAACUUUGUUACUGGUGACAUCGAUAGUGUUCAAUUCAAUAUCGAAUACAACGACGACGACGAUGAUGGCGAAGUCAAUGAAGAUGAAGAAGAAGAUGUAGACGAAGAGGAAGCGGAGGAGGAGGGAAAGGAAGAAGAUGCAGGAAAAGAAGUCCUGGAACAAGAGAACGAAGAGGAUGAUGAGGGUAAGGAAAAAGUGUACGAUCCUCGUGCGGGUCGGGUGAGCGUGGAGAUUCCGCAGAUCGACUUUGAUGUGCAAGAGAUCAUCUCACUGUUUGACAAGCAUCGCUUUAAACCGUACGCUACGUCGCAGGGUAAGAAGAGUGCCACGCUACUCCUUCGCAAACUGACCAAGUUCACAUCCGGCGUAUACCCGCUUGGCAUCAAGCACGUGCCGAGCAUCAACCCGAAGGACUACGAGGUAGACAUCGACGAGCAGGUGGAGGACUUGGACGAGUUUCACCAGAAACUGUACGCCGAUAAGCCGAAGAGUUUCAAGGAGCUCAAACGGGAGAAACGGUUAAAACGAAAGCUUUUAAACGAACAGAAGCGUGCAGCAAAGGCCGCAGCGGAAGAUGACACCCCGCGAGCUGACGAUGAUACCAUCGCCAAGAAUGGCGCCCAGGACGAAAGCGAUGCCCCGGAAGGAGCGGCAGAGAAAAAGUCUACUGCCAAGAAAAAAGCCAAAUUGCGUAAGAAAAGCCCAGCGGCCAUGAAGAAACAGUUGAAGUUGGAAGUGCUAAAAAAGAAAAGGCAAGCAAAAUUGUUGCUGCUAAAGGAACGUUUGAAGGCUCAAAAAAAACCCGAACCACCGGCGACCAAUGGGACGGCCGUUUCGGCUGAAGGCGAACAUCUUUCUACCGACUCUAGUGUAAAGCAGCCUGAACCACCACAGUCCUCGGGGAAGAAGGGUACCGCCGAAGUGGUGACGGUAAAAAAACAGCAACCACCGAAAGACAAAAAGGUUACAAAAAAUAAUGCAGAUAAACCUUUCCAAACGGCGGACGAAUGGUCGGAACCGCUGAAGGAGGGAGAAGAAGAAUAUUUUAUUCCAUCGCGAAAGCUAAAAACGAAACAAACCGCCACCGCCACCAGCGACGCCUCCCCUGCUCCCACGCCGGUAAAGUUGUCGGCGGGUAAUAAACAAUCACUGAAAAGGACGCCACCUUCGGCCGGACCCUCCUCCGAUAUCGACCCGCUGACACCGGCGAGGAAGCGCGUCAAGAUUGCAUUGAAUAAAAACGUGGCACAGGACCUUGUGGAGCACAUCCAGCAGGUUAAGAGUUCUCCACAGCUGCCGUUCGAUUCGAGCCGGAAACCGAGCAAAAGUUUGCUUAAACCGAACCUAAUACCAAGCCCAAUCAAUCCGUUCUACAAGAAAAAGAUCGGAUUGAAAUGAGCGGUUUGAUGUUGUUUUCUCGAUUCCGAUAUGCAGCAUGGAUGGGAUGGGUAAUGUUUUGUAAAACACAUCUCACUUUCCACGAUACAACAACAUGUGUGUAAAGUUCAAAUAAAUAAUUUGAUUGAUUAAAAGAAUGUCGUUUAUGUUUA